AUGGUGAUGGACGAGACGUUGUUCCGCAUCCUGGAGCGAGUGAAGAACUUCGCCGUCAUCUACCUCGUCAACAUCGACGAGGUGCCCGAUUUUAACCAGAUGUACGAGUUGGACCACGACAGCAACGAACCUUACAACAUCAUGUUCUUCUGGCGCAACAAACACAUGAUGGUCGACUACGGCACCGGCGACAACAACAAACUCAAUUUCCCCAUCGAUGACGAACAGGAGGUGAUUGACAUCAUCGAGACCAUUUAUCGCGGCGCCACUAAAGGUAAAGGGUUGGUGGUGUCCCCGCGCGACUACCUGACCCGCCGGCGAGCCUAG